AUGUCAAAGGAAAUAUCAAAGAAGCGGACAAUUGAUGGAGAGUAUAAGGCUUUGGAGUCUGCAUCGUAUACUUUGUACGUGAACAAUCUUAAUGAUAAAAUCCAGCCAGCGAUGUUGAAGCAUAGUCUUUAUGUAUAUUUUUCUACUUAUGGAGAUAUUAUAGACAUAGUAAUGAAGGCACAAGGGAAAAUGAGGGGACAGGCCCACAUAAUCUUUGCUAACGUUAUGCAAGCUACAAAUGCGAUGAAAACAUUGGAAGGGAAACCAUUCUUUGGAAAAGAGCUACACAUUCAAUAUUCUCUGAAGAAGUCAAAAAUAAUAUCUAAUUUGGAAAAUGAUCAAGAAGAAUCGUAA